CAAUCGUGAGUUGAGGCUUUUGGAGCCGUUUGGCUGGGACCCCCGCCGCACCAAGCAUCCAGCCAAUCUGGAUCUGCUGGGGGUGCCGCAACGACGGACGCGGCAGGGCGUGGCGGGAGCUGAGCGAGGCAGGGCGGCGGAGCAGCAGCAGCAGGGGCAGGGGCAGGCAGCAGACGUCGCAGGCCGCUACGCAGCCCUCGCUGAGCGCCUGCAGCGCCACAGCAGCGACGAAGACGAAGAGGAGGAGGGUCAGGGCGGGAACGAGGCAAGGGGUGGACGAGACGACAAAUGCAACGGCGGCGGCACGACUGGAAACCGCAACCACGCCCGCCAGGCGGUUAGCGGCAACCCUGCUGUUAGUGUUGUACGGCAGGAGGCGCCGUACGGCGGCGGCGUCGUGUCAAGUGGACAAGCCGCCGUACGGCAACUGGGGAGUGACGCCCGAGUGCCGUACGCUGAAGCGUCUACGGCGUUUGGCUUCGCGGAUGGUGCUGUUGGUACGGCAGCGCAUGCGUCGGCAUUCACCACCGCAGCGGGUGCUGCAGCGCUAGCUACUGCCGCUGCC